UCUAAAAGUAAAAAUCUGUCUAGGCAAUCAUAACAAAAAGUGAAGUCAAGUCAGUGUUAAAACUAUGAAAUUCUAACUAAACUACUAUCCAAAUCACAAGGGAAUAUUGCUUUCUCAGGAUGAUUAAAAUCUUUCUUCAUAAAUUUUUCCACAAGAAUUUAAUAGCUCUAAUCAAAAAUUUUGUAGCGUCGUUAAGGUUCCAACACCAACAGCAGUUACGAACACAGAAUGUCGACAAUAUUAAACGACAAUAUUUUCCUAGGCGGUAAUUGACGUGCUUCUAUUAAACACACAAUGCAUGAUGACAUACUCCGUAAUGAUUUAAAAGGCUCCAUUAAUAUCCAAGUGACCUUAAACUCAGUUUUCGCCGCGACAUCCAACACAUCGAACGUUGAUAUUCAUCAAAAUGUUAAUAAUUCUAACAUUUAUUUUACUGUUCAACCAAUCGCUAGGUCUGAAUGAGUCCAAUGCUCUGUUCCAGGAAGUAUUUGAAUACCACAAAGAGACCUCAGCAAAAGCAAAUUUCGCUUACGAAGUAGUACAGAUAAUGUACAACUCCUUCCGCCAGUGGUUCUUUACGAUCACCUUUUGCGAAUUCACUUACUUCGAGAACAGAAUUUUGAAGUAUACAGAGACCUAUGGGUAUGGAUACAACGUCAUGCUCCUGAACGGUUGUCCAGAUUCGAACGGAAGCUUUGUGAAGCCAAAAUACAACAGACAUGGCGAGACAGCCUACUUGGUGACCUCCAACGAACUGUCUAUAGAUGUCAGUGAGACCGUCAUAAAUACCCUGAAGAGAACCGGAGUCUUCAAACCCAGGAGCGCCGUCAUAUUCGUCAUCAACACUCCCGUUGAACUAGACAAGUAUUUUUACCACGCAUUACGUAAUCACUUCAAAUUGUUAUGGAGCACCAGCGUGACUAAUUCCGUGUUGAUUCUAAAAACGAAUGAAUUGAAAAUGUAUACUUACAAUCCUUUCUUUCAAGAAGUCAAAGAUAUAACUUAUGUUAAGGAUGUCAGCCAUUUGCUUUCUAAGCAGUACAAUAACUUGUAUGGAUAUGAACUGCGACUAAGCGUUUUCAAAAAAGUUUUCAUAUCGGAUACUCCUGGGCCAGUGCGUUGUGACUCCAGACUAGCUAAAACAGUUAUUCAGUUUUUGAAUGCUUCUUGUUAUGCGGUACCUCCAAGAGACGACAGUACCGUUGGUGAUCUAUUAGAAAAUGGAACAGCGACCGGAGUAACUGCAGAUCUGAUGGAUGGCUACACAGAUCUCGAGCUAAACUCACGUAUUCUGAAGAACACCUACUACGGCUACAUUGAAACUACAUAUCCUCUGGUACAGGAUGAAUUAUGUUUCAUAGUCAAGAAAUCAGAACUGCAAUCGGCGUUCAAGACGACCAUAAAACUAAUAUCGAUGGAGUUGCUUUUACUCUUCUUCUUCACAUUCACAGUUUUCCUGAUAAUAACUACUUUAGUACGAAAAGUUGAAAGGAACAUUCUAAAAAUUAACGACAAUCAAACCAUUGGAGCCAUUUUGGUAGAUCUGAUAAAGUGUUUUAUUAGGCAGACGGUCGAUUUCAAAUUCAUGGGUCCGUUAUUCAGAUAUCUCAUCUUACUAAUCCUAGUGUACUCACUGAUCAUCGACUGCGCGAUUGACGGAAUUAUAACUUCUGCAAUAACUUACCCACGAUACAAGCCAGAUAUCAACACAAUGGCUGAAUUAGCGAAAUCAAACUUAACUCUUGCUAUCCACAACCGAGAUCUUAACAUUUUCAAUAGCAGUCUUCCUCCAGGCUUCUAUUCUUUUAUAAAAGACCGAAUCGUGACGUUCACUGAUCAAAAAAUAAAAGAUUCUAUUGAUAAUAGAGACUUUAAAUAUGCAAUGCUGUUAAGAAAAACUGAUUCUCAAUAUGUAAGUCGAAAACCUGCAAACAUCUACCAAGGGAAGCCUUUGUUCUACACCAUGCCUCAGUGUCCUUUACCAUGUUUCAUCGUGUACGGCCUAAGUAUUGGAGCAAAACAGAAGAGUUCGCCGUAGACCGCAAUCGACUAGGCGGCGACAACAAAGACAAAAAACCUUUAACUAUCACGAAUCUACAAGAA